CGACAUUAGUGCCUGCCCAACUAGACCUUUCUUCUCGGUACUGAUGUCCGAGGAUAUCCGUGUCCCUUGACACCCAGGCACUAAGUUGGUCUAUCUCCGACAUCGCUUCCCCGGGUGCCGAGGGGCUAUCUGUCUAUAAAGUCUGCUGACCAUCUAUCAGAGGAAUAAUACUCUCAACCGAUAUCGCUGUUGGCUUCCCAUUUAUACUCUAUAUCUCUCAACCCUUUUGAACUCUGCUGUAUAGGAUUAUUAUACCGCCAACAUCUUCCUUCACAAUGCGUCUACUCCCUGAGCCAGCGGUCGCUCAGGUCCUGCGACAGUUAACCCGUACACAAUGCCAUGACCUUCUUGAUGUCCUCUGUGAGGGUCUCACAACUGUUUCUUCAGAGUCCUCCACACCGAGCCAUGAGCGACUCAUUCACCAACCGCUGCGCAGCACCAUCGUCACCAGAGACCAGAACCUCUCCCUCUUCAUGCCCGUGUCCAACACUGUGCACACCGGCUUCAAAGUUGUCACUGCCUCCCAAACCAACGGCAUCAUCGGCGUCAUCAACAUCUUCUCCCCGGAAGGUAAACUGCAAGGUCUCCUCAGUGCCGCGGAGAUCACAGCCUUCCGCACCGCCUUGGCGGUGAUGUCGCUGUUUAUUCGCUGCACCACCAUCCCCAAAGAGCACAUCUUGAUCUUUGGCUCUGGACGCCAAGCGGAGUGGCACGCUCGACUAGCCCUGCUUCUCGUUCCGGACCAGAUUAAGAGAAUUACAUUUAUUAACCGCGGUCGCCGGCGACUGGAGGAGCUGGAGCGAGAUGCGAUCGCUGAUCUACGGGCUGCUCAUCCCGAUAAGACCUUGGCUACGUUAGUCAAAGAAGAUACUCCGGACUACGAGGAACAGCUACGGAAUGAAUUGGGUGCCUGCGAUGUGAUCUUCAGUUGUACGCCAGCGACCGAGCCAAACUUCCCGUACACCUAUCUCCAGCCGUCCAAGGGGCGGUUUAUCUCUCUUAUCGGCUCGUACAAGCCGCAUAUGCGGGAGAUUGACACUGAGACGCUGCUGUCGGGCGGAGGGAAGGUCUAUGUGGACUCGAAGGAGGCGUGUUUGGAAGAGUCGGGCGAGUUGAUUCUGGCGGAGGUGAAAGAGGAUCAACUGGUUGAGAUUGGAGAGCUGUAUGGUAAGAUGGGUAAAGAUGAGUCUAUUGAUGUGCCCGAGGGAUGUAAUGUGGUGUUCAAGUGCGUGGGGAUGGGGAUUAUGGAUUUGGUGGUCGGGAAUAAGCUGUUGGAAGUUGGACGGGCCCGAAACAUUGGUAUGGAAGUGGAUGGGUUUUAAGAAU